AUGUGUGAGCUGAUAGCGGAGAUCGAAGCUUCAGAGAAGAUCCGCGUCGUCAUGGCAGGCAUUGGCAUUUCUUCCCGGACCAUGGGCACUGCCCAUGCAACCUCCGAUUACGACAUCAAGUGCAUAUUCGUCCAGCCAAGAAGCAGCUACUUCGGUCUCAAGUCUUCCGCAACGACCUUCAAACAUCACUUUGCAGCGGCGGUUGGUGGCCUUGAUGUGGAGAUUUCCGGCUGGGAGGCACGGCACGCGCUGCAGCUGCUGUCCGAAGAUAACCCGACAGUGCUGGGAUUGCUGCUCUCCCCCGUGAUUUACGUCGGAGAGGAAUGGCGAAAUCGCCUUCGCGAAGUGGCGGAGAAGACAAGCAACAGGCAGCGCUUGAUGCACCACUGGUACAACCACGCGCGGCGUAACUACCAGAGCUACAUUCUGAACAACGAUACACCUCUGCGAAAAA